ACCACCACAACAACAGAACCAACAACCACAACUACAGAACCAACCACCAUAACUACAGAACCAACAACCACAACAACAGAACCAACCACCACAACUACAGAACCAACUACCACAACUACAGAACCAACCACCACAACAACAGAACCAACCACCACAACUACAGAACCAACCACCACAACAACAGAGCCAACCACUACUACAACAGAGCCAACUACCACAACUACUGAGCCAACAACCACAACUACAGAACCAACAACGACUACAACAGAACCAACAACUACUACAACAGAGCCAACAACCACUACAUUAGAACUAACCACCACUACAACAGAACCAACAACCACAACAACAGAACCAACCACUACAACUACAGAACCAACUACCACAACUACAGAACCAACUACAGAACCAACCACCACAACUACAGAGCCAACCACCACUACAACAGAACCAACAACCACAACAACAGAACCAACAACCACAACUACAGAACCAACAACCACAACUACAGAACCAACAACUACUACAACAGAACCAACCACCACAACAACAGAGCCGACCACCACAACAACAGAACCAACCACCACAACAACAGAACCAACAACCACAACAACAGAGCCAACCACUACAACUAAAGAACCAACCACCACCACAACAGAGCCAACCACUACAACUACAGAACCAACCACCACAACAACAGAACCAACCACCACCACUACAGAACCAACCACCACAACUACAGAGCCAACCACCACAACAACAGAACCAACAACAACAAGUACUACAACAACUUCUACAACUCCACCAACAACUACUACAACCCAAGGCACAACGACUACUUCAAUUCCAACCACAGUGAAUUGCGGAUUUGAAACGACUGAGGAUUGUUUCUUCGAAAACAGCCAACCUUCACAGCGUCGCAAGAGAACAACACAGGAAAUUUUGCUCGCCGAUAAUUUUGACUGGAUAUUUGGAAAAUCAGGUCCAACACCCUCCUCCAGAACGGGUCCUAGUAGCGCUAUAGAAGGUGUCAGAUAUGCCUACAUAGAGGCAUCAAGUCCACGAGCAUCUGGUGAAAGGGCAGUAAUUCGAACAACCAACACAUUCAGAGCUUACAUGGAGGAAACAAGAGGGUGCGGAAGUCCGACGUUUUAA